GUUGACGGUAUGCGGUUGCUUCUCACUUUUGCGGUGUCUAUUGCAUUUUUGCAUGGUGGUAUGUUCGUUCGAAACGUUUUAUCUUACCUCCCGCCUUUGCUUCCAUCUAGUUUUGCGAGUCCAAUGGUUCCAGACAAAAAUUCAACUCUGCGUUGCAAAGGCGGACCUCAACAGUCGAGCACAAAUUUCUAUUGCUGGUACGCGUUCGAGAUUGGCACACAAAAAUUCGAACUACUGAACGGAACAAAAGACGAUGGCCAAGUGAUAACGCGAAACAUAGCGCCCUACUGCAGUGGGAAACGAAAGGCACGUGAACACUGUUCCUUCAACGGCUUUUCAUUCGGUGCCAGAACAAUACCAAACCGCUACAUUGACGACUGGGAUGGAAAGAACUUAUCGCGGCCGAUGGUACUGUAUGACGUUUUCUAUAUGUGUUGUUGGAGCAUUAAGGCUUGCAAACACAUGCUAAAAAAGUCUGAAAAUGCCAUAAUAUUGCAACUCCAACUGAAUGCAAUGGAACAUCUGCCAAAAUUACCACAUGAAUGGAUAAAUCACGGUAGACCGUCACUCAGAUGUCUCACUCCAGAUGGUACACUUAUGGGUUAUAUCAAGGGUGUUCACACAUGCUUCUUCAUGCUGGAGAAGAACUCGAAUGUGACAAUCUAUUCGGGUCCUCUACUAUUCAACCGUAUUGAUCAACGUUAUCAGACUGCACAUCGUCACUCAAUUCAUUUGAUAUUGGCAUGUAAUGAAUGCCAUUUCAACAAAGCAGCGUCUGAAUCAUUUGCUGAACUUGAAAAGAAUUCAUUGGCACGGUUGGCGUCGCAACAGAAACUGUGUGCAACAAAAGGAAGUAUGCGAAAGGAAACAGAAUUGAGGGAUGGAGAAUGCUGGCAAUAUGUUUCAAUGUAUGACUAUGCGUUGUACUGUUGUUGUUAUCCCGAUAAGCAUUCGACAUAUUCACACUGUGCCUUCUCUUCAUCGGUUAAGCAACUCUACUAUCCGGCAGUAAACAUACCAAUAUGGCAAGAUAAAGCUCAUUUGCACUCGGCAGUAAUCGUGAAGAAUGGAAAGCCGUUGGAAAGGGAAACCGUUUACGAAAAGGAUUGGUCAAAUACAGACCUUUUACACGACUGGAUUUAUCGAGAUUUUAUCUACAGUCGACCAGAUGGCAAUCUUUCAUCUGAAACGUUGGCUCAGACACGUCUUUGGCAUUGUGCACAUGGAAAAUUAAUACUGCAAGCGAAAUCUGGACGAGUCACAUCGCAACUAACAAGAGUGUUCAGAACGUCACUGCCUGAUCGCUCUUCGCAUUGUCUUAAUGUUGUUUCAGUCGACUUCAACGACGGCAUGAUGAAGGCUUCAACCCAAUUCAUGCCAGCCUGUAGCAAUUACAUCUAUUCGUAUCAGAUGCAAGUGUUUUCGAUGCUUCCUCCAAAAGAUUUAUGGUGCUUUACAUUCUUUCAACUUUCGAGCCGUAAACCGAUUUCAAUAAUGUUUGACAUCAAUGCAUUCACUGCUGACAGGAACAUCAGUUAUGUUCCGAUGAAAUUAUCCGACUGCGGUCAUACUCUGCAAGUUGUUCACGAGGCGAUUUAUUGCGUUUGUCGUAAGGAUAGGAGCCAAACGAAGCAAUUCUGUGAGAAAAACUUGAAACCAACAGCCGCUAUGAAACAGCGUCGUAAAUGUUUUGUUGGUGCACAACGCAAGUCGGAUCAUUUCCUGUUCAAUAAUACUAGUGCAGGGGAAGUAUUGGUUGAUGAUGUUCCACUAUGUUACAUGCUCAUACAUCUGCAAAACAAUAAGUUCUCGUUCAAACUCGGUGCUGUUGAUGCAGAAUACAGUGCAAUUCUUUCGAGGUUUCACUUACAACAUCGUCGAAUGCAAUUCUUCCGUUCAGAUCAUGGCUACGCGCUUAUUAACGUUUGUAAGGCGUCGUCUGAAGGCUGUAACAGUGAAUCUGAGCUGGGAUCCUUAAAACGUCUUCUCGCAAGCAAACACCAAAAAUCAUUGAAAAGAACCCGAAAGGCUUGUCGCACUAGCCUAUACUCAGAGACUGAGUGCACAAAUCACGCUGGAUGUUUCAUGUAUCGUAAUUAUUACAAUAAUUCCCUCAAUAUUAUGGGAUGUAUGGAUAGGAUAGAAUCACUUGCUGUGUCAAAUCCGUUUUAUGCUGGCUUAAAGUUAUGCUCGAGAGUGAGAUUAUUUAAUUCGGAGAGUCAGUAUGAGUGCUAUGGUGUGGAGAGCAUGAAUGGAACACUGUGUUGUUGUCUGAAUAAUUGUCCAGAUGAAGUGCUGGAAAAAUUUCGCACUGCUGGUUACAGUCCUGCAAGAGCACGUUGA